AUGGCAUCAACCAAAUCCUUCAUCACUGCUUUACUUUCUGUUGUAACAAUGUCAAGCAUGAUCCUAGAAGCACGCCAACUUUUGCAAACAACCACACAACCAAAUUUGCCUGGCAUUCCAAGUUUUCCAAAACCAACAACAUUGCCACCUUUGCCUUCAAUUCCAACAUUUCCUCAAGCAAGUCUUCCUCCAUUACCUACUACAGAUUCAUCUCUUCCUAAGCUCACUAUGCCACCACUUCCUAGUUUUCCUACAACUAUUCCAUCUCUCAACAUUCCGCCUUUGCCAGCAAUCACUUCACUUCCCAACAUUCCCACCUCAAUCCCGACCACUUUCUCUUCCAUUCCAUUUCUCUCCCCACUACCUUCAACUUCUAGCCCUUAA